AUGGGAAGGGGAAAAGGGGCCCGCAACUCCAAUGAUGAUCCCUCAAUAGCUUGUUCCCAGCUACAUGAAAUCGGUUUCAUUCAUCGUGAUGUGAAGCCAUGCAACUUUGCCGUGUCGACAUCUCAUCCUAGAAUCAUACAUGUUUUCGAUUUUGGUGAGAUCAUAAACACCCUACUUCUAACCUCAAAUAGGUUUCUUUUCGCGGCACCCUUCGAUAUUGCUCUUUAUCUGUGCAUAAAGGACAAGAACAGGUAA